AUGCACGAGCGGAGCGUCGUCGGGCUCGUCCAGCAGCUGCGGACGCUGGCCGAGCCGACUGUGCCAUGCCGCCGGCUGCGCGACGUCCGCCACGAGAUGGACGUCUUGCUCUUUACGCAUCUCGCGACGGCCAGCGAGAUCGUGGUCGCCGACAUGGCCCAAGCGCACGUGCAGCGCAAGGCGGCGUCGUUAGCCUACUGCCUUCGCGAGCGCGACCUGGCGCUCAUGGCGGAUGGCAUCGAGGCCAUCGUCGAUUCCUGCCUGCAUGAGCGUCGCCUGGCUGCCUCGACCAUCGACAUGCCGGGCGUGCUCCGCGUCCUCCUCGCGCUCGCGGGCGGUCACGAUGGAACGACCUUUACCGAGUGCUGCCUCGGCCCAUCUACGAUUCAACUCUUGCGCGCCCAGCCCACGACGCCCAACACGAUCUCCAACCUGCGCCGCGGCGAGGCCAUCGUCCAAAGCAACGUUGGACUCCUUGUCGAUCCCACACGUCUCUAUGGCGACACGCCCUUCGUGGCCAACGAUGACGAGGCGGACGCACUUGUGACGGCGUUCACGGCCGUGCCGGGCAAGAGCGAUGUGCAGAGCGACGUGUGGCGUGACCAGGUGACAGCGCCGUCCUCGCUCUUUGGCGCACUCCACCACACGACCUUUCACCGGUCGGACGCGCAGCUCGAGCGCUUCGAGAUCUCGAUGGCGCUGCCGACGCUGGCCGAGACCGCCCCCGACAUGGUCCAAAGCGCGCUCUUGACGGGCCACGAACUCAUGCCCAAGCGGCUUCAAGGACCACAGCCGCGCCAUCGACCCAAGCCGAUAGCGUCGAGUACACCGCGGGACGCGCCCGAGCUGCUCUUUUCGCAGCAGCAGCGCACUGUGCACAUCCCGAUCACUUCGUCGCCCGAGAGAGACCUGUGGUGCGAGGCCAGCGCCGAGACUGCGAUACCAACAGGACGGACAGGCGUGUCGGCGUGGGAAGAGCUUGGUCCGCACACCUCAACGUCCACGCCACGGAGCAUGCUUCGACUCGGCCGCGGUCUGUACGAAGAGGACGUGUACGGCGGGCAUGACGCGCUGUGCCAUGUCGUGCGCGUCCACGCGACCCGCGUCAUCGACGCCGUGCUGCUGGCGCUGCAAGGCACGCCGUCCGACUUGUUCGCCGUGCGGCGGGACACCAUGAGCAUGUGCGUUGUGUCGGAGGAGCUGCGCUUGCACGGCGCAGUCUCCCGCAAUUUGCGAUCGCUUUUGACGACAUUGGCGACGACCGCGACGUACGUCGUUCGCUUACAAGCGCUGGCUGACGCACUGUGCGGUCGGCAGCGGCUGGCGCUGGCCGAGUGCCUGCAUACGUUCUUGGCGGCGCAGCAAGCGUAUCUGCUCGACGUCCACGCACCGACCGUGCUUGCGCUGCUGACGACGACGCGGGCGCUCUGUGAUGGCGCCGCUGUCAUGGCGUCCGUGUUUUGCUGUGACGACGACACGCUCUGGGUCGGCCCGUGCGAGUACGCCGAUGCGAUUGGCCGACCGGUGCUUGACGCGCUGCCGUCAUCGGACGGCGCGUUUCUCGAUCACGUGUACGACAAGCUCGUGCUCGGCCAGAUCUGCGCGCCGCCGACGACGACGCUGUACAUGUGGCUCUUUACAGCGCUCAGUGCACCGUACCUCGCAUCGCUCUCGCGCGCGCUCUUCGUCGGCGACGAAGAACUGGACGGCCGCUUGCCGCACUGCUUGGCCAAGUACGACAGAUGGGUCGAGUCGAUUGCCGAGUCCCGCACCCUCCUUCGGCUUGUCCAGGCCAUGGCGCCAACGCUCUACGGCCUACUCACCGCGACGUAUGAGCCGCUGCGCAUCGAGACCAGCAUCGUCGCGAUCCAAGCCGCCCAAGCGCGCCAUGCAGCGCACCUCGAUGCGUGCCAAGCCCGCGUCGCGACACUCAAGCAGGCACGACUGCAGGCGCUCGCUGAUGCCAUCGUGGCCAUGCAGCGUGCGCCGCGGGAUGAACGCGCCAAGACGUCGGCCUUGGACGACGCAUUGCGGCAGAAGCAGCUGCGCAAAGCGCGCCAAGCGCUUCAGAAAGAGCUGCUCGAUGCGCAGAUCGCGGCCGACGCGACGCUGGCGCGUGCAACGGCCGCCAAAGUCCAAGCCGACGACGCGCGCGCGGCAGACGCGCAAGCCGCCCGCGACGCAGCCAAGUUUGCAACCGACAAGGAUACCAUCGUGGCCAUCUACGCCGAUUUGAUGGAGCGCGCGGAGCACCGCCACCGCGUGCAGCUCUGGCGACAAGCCCGGCUGGCGCGCAAGCAAGUCGCCAGUCUCCAGCUCGACGCGCUUUUGAGCGCAGAUGCUGCCACGUGGCUGCACGCUACGCAAGGAGCCUCCACGAGCCAUCCCUAUGACGACUUGCUUGCGGCUACAUCCCGCCAAGACAGCGGCGCGUCGAGUGGCGAGGUCCCAGUGACGCGCAUCAAAGUGCUGCAGGCACCGGGUGGACACAGCGACGGUGUCGUUAUCCCGAUUACCGAAAGCACGACAGGUGCAUCGAGCUCGGUGCGGGUGUUGCGCGCGCCGGGUGGCGGUGGCGACGACGCCAAGCACAUUCUCUACGGCAAUCGUGACGACGACGACGCGCUCGCUGCGUCGUUUGCGCAUAUUCGCGUGCAGCAAGCGCCCGGCGGGUGCGGUGAGCAGGCGGCCGAGGCCAUGUACCGUGGCGAUACCGCGGUCGACGACCUCGUGGCGACGAUCAAGGUGCUCCACGUCCCCGGUGGCGGCGGCGACGCGGCAGCCAGCGCACUCUACGAGGGUGCAAACGCAACGUGCGACGAGGUGGCGUCGGUGCGCGUCUUGCGAGAACCCGGCGGCGGUGGCGAUGACGCAGCCGACGCUAUAUACGGCACCGACGCAGCCCUAACCGCCGUCGUACGAGGAAUCAAGGUGCUGCAGGUGCCCGGCGGUGGCGGUGGCGACGCCGCCGCGCUUCUCUACCCGAGCACCGACGACGACGAUACGGCGCGACCGCUGCGAUCCCAGGUCAAAGUCUCGCAAGAGCCGGGCGGGAGCGGCUCGGAUAUGUGGCACAUGCUCUACGCCGGCGCCGACGCCACCGAAUCGUCGUACCGGCCGGGUGUUCGCGUGCUCUCGUCGGCACCUGGCGGCGUCAGUGACGACAUGGCCGACGUCCUGGACACGACGCGUCGUCCUGACAACGACGUGGCGUCCAUACGCAGUCAGGUGCGCGUGCAGCAAGCGCCCGGCGGCGAUGGCAACGACGUCGCCGACACGCUCUACGCACAGUUCACGUCGUUGUCGAUGGCCAAAUCGAGCGUCCGCAUCUUGCAGCCGGCGGGCGGCGGCAAAGACUCGGUCGGCGCGCUGCUACGCGGCCCUACCACGGGCGGCACCGUCGACCGUGAGCGUCCAUCAGUGCCGUCGACGGCCGACGCACCUCGCACGUCCCGCCAGUGGCUGCAAUGGAAGCUGGCGCGAGCGUCCAUGGCGCAGGCGUACGCGAGCACCGAGCUUCUUCCGCGCACGGUCGCCCCCCUCGAGAUGGCGACGAUGGCCGCCCUGUACACGCAGCUGCUCGGCCACGAGCCAGAUGCAUUUGCGCCGAUCGACACGCUACUUGUCGCAAGCCUCGAUGCACCGAUCCGCGGGUUCCGGGCGCUCGUCGGCGCCGUCGCCCUCGACGCCCUCCGGGACGACAUGCGGUUGGUCGACCACCUCGCGACCUUGCAUGACACCAUGCUCCUCUCGGGCGGUCUCUGGGUCGACAUGUUUAUCAAAACUGUGGUGGACGGUCUGGACCAUGCCAAAGUGCAGUGGGGCGCGCCUGACGUGCUCAACGACGCGAUGGCGAGUGCCAUGACCGAGGCUUCGUACACACCGCGGGUGCCCGGGCGCUUUGCCUACGCGUCGUCGUCGACGCUCACGUCCCUGCUGGCGCCGCAUGCGAUGAGUGUGUCGGUUGCGUCCUUUGUUGUGACGCUGACGCCGACGUACGUCAUGCCGGACGCCCUCACCCUCUUCUUACCGCCGUCGGCGGUGGCCAAGUACGUCGAGGUCCACCGGUUCCUCUUUCAACUCAAAGCGACGUUGGCCCAACUCCACAACGCUCGCCGCCGCUUGCGCUGGCUGCUCACGCGCGUGCAGCUGGCGCUGCAAGAGCGUCGGGCGAUCGAUCGCGCGCUCUACUGUCAGCACCACGUCGCUGCCACGUUGCACAGCUACACGUCCCAGGUGCUCGUUCAUGAGUGGCAUGCGCUCCGCGAGGCCGUGGCGACAGCAACUGACACGAUGGCCCUGCAGGCACGCCACGACGCCUACGUGGCGACUCUCCUGGCGCGGUGUUUUCUAACCCGCGGCGCGGCCGCCGUGCAGACGGCAGUGCAAACGUGCUUGACGCGACUCUCGAUCAUGUGCACGCAGCUGCAGCUCGGGUCGAUCGCUACACCUGACCACACCAAAGAGCUCUUGCUGCACGUGCUGGAUGCAGCGCAGGACCAUGACGGCGACGCAAUCGCGCUCUGCGAUGCGCUGCGGCAUCAGCGCGAGUGCGACGGCCAUGCGUCGGCGUUUGUCGAGGACUUGCUCUUGCAGCUCAACUGGAAUGGCUACUAUGGUAGUUGA